GCCUUUUGGAAAUGUAUUCAAGCUUAAUGGGUAUCAAUUGCGGCGCCCACCGUCUCUGGUCUCACCGCUCAUACAAAGCCAAUUGGCAGCUCCGGGUGCUGUUGACCGGCCUACAGACGGUGGCCCUACAGAACUCCAUAUACGACUGGUGUCGCGACCAUCGCUCGCAUCACCGGUACUGCGAGACCGACGCCGACCCCCAUAACGCCAAACGGGGUUUCUUUUUCGCCCACAUGGGUUGGCUCAUGUGUCGCAAGCACCGGGAGGUGACCAUUAAGGGCAAGGAGAUAGACACGUCCGACCUGCGGGCCGACCCUGUAGUCUGGUUUCAGCACAAAUACUACAAACCAUUAGCCAUCCUAACAUUUUUGAUUACCAUGGCCAUACCGGUGCUCUGGUGGGGCGAGUCAUGGUAUAUGGCGUUUAUGGGUAACUGUUUCCGGUAUAUAAUGUCCUUGCACCAUACGUGGCUCGUGAACUCCUGGGCCCAUUUGGGUACGCACUGGUCGUACCGGCCGUACGAUAAGCACAUCAAUCCGUGCGACACCCGUACGUACAACUACCUGGCCCUGGGCGAGGGCUGGCAUAACUAUCACCACACGUUUCCCUGGGACUACUCGGCCUCAGAGUUCGGGUGGAGUGGGAACUGGAAUACGGCGACGGCUUUCAUAGAUAUGUUUGCGUGCAUUGGGUGGGCGUAUGAUAGGAGGCGCCCCAAGGGGUCGGUGGUUAAGGCGAGAGUCCAAAGAACCGGUGAUUUCGAUGAAAAGUAUAACGAAUUGACAGGUGUUUACCAAUUGGUGGAUAGUACUACA